GUCAGUUGCUUGCUCCCACUAAGAAGAAUAUUAUACGCGAUCGCUCAUGGCAGCUAAUGAUUAUCGUGUUUACCUGCGGAACCCUGGCGACAUGGAGAACGGUCAAGCGCGUUUCCACUCCGGCCAGAGCGCGGAACCGACUUGCAGACCUCUUGUUUUUGGAACGCUCGUUGUAAUGGGAUUGCUUCAGAUUGCAUCGAGUGUAGCAAUCUUGUUACACUUAACUGGUUACCUAAACGAGGUAGACUUUUCCUUGUACCAGCAGAAGCCACUGGAGGAAGCUGAGACAGGGCCAGUACUUGCCGACGCUCUCAGAGAUUCAAGGAAAAGGGAACGAUGUCCAAAAAACCGGAGGGAUGGUAUACCAGCAGCCCAUCUGCCCAUCAAAGCACCUAUCGACUAUGUCCCCAAGGGAGAGGUUCGGGCCAUGAUGAUACAGUGGAACGAAGCCCAGGCGCACUUGGAAAAAAUCCGAUACCACGACGGACGCAUCCUGGUCCAGGAGGAGGGAUUGUACUACGUUUACGCAAAGACCUGUUUCCGGCUCUACGACGUGGAGCCGGGCUCCUUGUCCGAUUACCUGAAGGACGGCAACGCACAGCUGUUUCAGUAUGUCUACCACGAGAAAUACACCCAGCCGACGACCACACCCAAGGUUCUCAUGAAGAGUGGGAGCACUAAACGCUGGAAGAGCGAGGACUAUAACAUGUACUGUGAGCAGCAAGGCAGGCUCUUCCGACUGAAAGAGGGGGAUGGGCUGUAUGUCAGCGUGUCACACUUGUGGAUGCUGGACCCAGAGGCAGAAGGGAGUUACUUUGGUGCUUUCAAGAUAAGCAACUGA